CAUGCAACGUACGCAAACAAUAUGAAACGGAAUCGUAUGAAACAUUUGGAAGGAAAAGAUGUUUGGCCUGCAGUCAAACUAGAAGAAGAAUAAUGCAACAUUGUGGGAGACAAGGUGUAAGGAAUCUAUGGGGAAUGAUCAAUUUUGUAUUCAAUAAGGUGGAUUACUCGAGGAUUAAAGAACUUGGGCCAGAUCAGGCAGCAGCAGAAUGGUUGGUACGCUGUGGGGCCGUCGUCAAAUUCAAGAAUAUGGAUAAAUGGAGUACAGACUAUAACUGCUUGCCCAGAGGCACUUCAGGGCAGUUCUUCAUUGAAGAGGUCGAUGCUACUGACUCGUCCAUCAUGCAUGUUGGUUUUGAUUACUUCAUUGGUGUAAACCAUCUAAGAUCAUUGAAGUUACAUCACUGCACCUACCUUAAGAACACUUGCCUGGGUCGUCUUGACAUUCUCAAAGACUCCUUAGAAGAACUACAGUUGAGCAGCUGUGGUGAUGUGACAGAUGCUGGAGUGGUGUCCUUACACAAACUGAUAAACCUCAAGCAUCUCUUCCUGUGUGACUUGCCUGGCAUCAAAGACAUGGACAGCAUACUGAAAACCCUUGGGACCGCUCUGCCUCAGUGUGAGAUCAGAUAUCUUUCCUUAGAGGGAAACAUAGAUCUUAAGAAACUGGGUAUUGAUAAGGAAUCCUUCAGGUGAGAAUAGUUUCUGAUCUAAUGUGUAUACCUUAUGCACAUGAUGUCAUAAGAGUAGGGCGCCCUCACCUAGAGGUAAAAAAGUGGCCGUUUAUUGGCCAAACCUGUGCGCAGCGAAUACAAAUCUGUGUUUUUUUUGUAUUGUUUCGUCAUCAUUUUACCUCUAAGAUGGCGGCUGGAUGACAACAAUGCAUAAUAUAUUAUCUUCAAUUAGGCGUGAAUAUUUGGUUUUGAUUGGUCGAUCCAUAGCAACAAGGAGUUAAUAUAAUAUUCAAAGUGGCGUGUUUGCGUCACAUGCUGAUUGUCUCAUGCAUUUGCUUGAAGAAUUCGUUAUCACACGCGUGCUCGUGGAAUACGGAAAAAUACAGCAGUUCUGCUUCCCAUAUUUAGCUAUAAUAUUGCACCAUGUCGCAAAGGCGUUGUCUAUGGAUUUGUCUUGCCUGUCUUGUGCUACAAUGGUAAACGAGGUACAAAGUGAUGCAAAUUGCCCAUCUCUGCCCUGUCUGUUUUUCCCCCACUGGCUGUUUCUGGCAGGGUGUAUUGUGGCAAUCUGAUGUUCCACUUAUGAAAACCAUGUUACAAUUCAAGGGCAGAUCCAGACCCAAAUUUGUUUGGGGCAAAAUCUGUCCUAUGGAGUAUGCAAGCGCUGAGUGCAAAGCCUUUUAGGCGUGGGGUUCGGGGGAGGGGGUCAUAUAGCCCCAGUUGGCCACCGCCUUGAUCCGCCCUGGGUUAUACUAAAGUAGACUUUUAGAUAUAUAUUGGUAAAUGUUAAGUUGUUUUGUGUUAUUAUCAUUAGAAGUAUUUUGUGUUUGCUUGUUUAUAUGUUUGUUUGUUUGUUUGUUUGUUUGUUUGUUUGUUUGUUUGUUUGUUUGUUUUGAGGGGUUUUAUGGAAAAUUAUCAAUCGUGCUGCUGACUUGGUCAUUUUCCAUAAUAAUAAUUUAGCUUCUAUUUUCAAUUCUAUUGAUAUGAGAAAACCUGAUGGUAAUAAUAAGAAUUUUUUGAUACAAUAUAGUCACCAUUGUAGUCAAACAGCCCCCCCCCCUUUUAGAUUAGAUCAACGAAACAUAAAUGCCUUUUUAACAGUGUUUUGUUGGUGUUAAUUCUACCAACCAGAGUUGUUUUUCUCCUUCUUGGUCUAAACCCUCCAAGUAUCAGUUUAUAACAUUUGUCUUAGAUUUAUAGGUCUUGUCAACUACAUUAAGAACACACUAGAACACAUUGUGUACUUUAUACUCUUUAUUAGCAAAGCAAAUGUACAUGCCAAAUUCCUCAUCUUGCUAACUUAUUUACAGCAGGACUAACUCUGUAAAAUUAGAUACUUGUAUUUGCAAACAAUGCUUAAAGGAAAAAACCCAGCAAACAUCAACUUUGUUUCCAAAUACUUGCAUUUUCUUUUUGGAAGUUAACUUUUAAAAAUUAAAGAUUGACCAGUUGGUCUGAUAUCAGUGUAUGGAUUCCAAACAUGUUGCUUACUUCUUUAAACAAAAUUACAUCAGCAGAUGUUAAAUCUACUUUUCGAUCUGGAGAAACAUUUUCAAGAAACUUUUCAAGGAGAUUUGGACAUCGUAUGUUGAGAAGCUUGAACUCCUUUCAACUUUGCAUAUUUAAAAUAGUUUAAGGCCAUUUGCAAGCAUACAAAACAUAACAAGAUGUUUUUAAACUUCAACCUGUUCAAUAUUUAACACAGAAAAUAUUUCAGACAAAUCUUUACUAGGAUAACUGAGUAAGCUUUCCGAUAAUAUAUAGUUGUCCAGCAGUUGUCAGUUAUCCUACUUUGUAAAGUUGCAAACUCAUCCAGAUGCCUUCUCAGUUUUUCUUUACCUUUUUUUCUUUUCAACAUUUUUAUUGUUUUUGUGCAUAAGCGGGAAAUGUGGAUGGAUCCAAUGAAGAUAAU